CGUUCGUCAUAUGAUUGAAAAAAGUCCAGCAAAAAACUGAAGAUGUUGCAGAAUUGCGUGAUAUUCUCACUGUUUAUUGCAGCCAUUCAUGCUGCGGGCGAGCUGACUGUGCUGAACAGCCCCAAGGCGAUCAGCUUCAAAGGCAACGAUGCGCUGGAUAGCCAAUAUGUGGGCGAUGUCAUGUACGCUUCCAUGGGCAACGCCGUCGCUGGCGACUCCAACUGGAACGGCAUGAUCAUCAACGAUCCCUUCGAGUUGGCCAAGGGCGUGAUCUGUGUGCACGUGCGGGGUAUCAGCCACGUUAUCGCUGCAGGUAAUGCAAAGACCUAUCAGCUCACCGAAUCCAACACCGAUGCUUCACUUAACGCCCUGGCUGCCGAGCUGGAGGCUACCAAGGAGCCCGUGUGCGACAUCAACUUCGGGCAGUUCGACGAGGGUGUGCAAGCGUUCAAGUCGUGCUUCGGUAACAUCAAAGUCACCCCCGCCAAGCCAACAAAGCACCUGAGCCCAGUUCUGCACAACGCCGACAAGCAGUUCCUCCAGGAGAUCGGCUACCUCGACGGCGCUGCCGAGAACCUGGCCGAUAUGACGAAGCCCGCAAAUGUGCUGAUUCUUCGCGUGUCGGUCGACGACAUUGCCAAGGCCCAUGGUGAGAAAUCGGUGGCUCUGGACGAGGCCAACAAGCUGCUCUCGGCCUCCAUUAGCCGACUGUUGGCCGCUUCCCAGAAAUCCAGCGAUUCUGUUCUCUUCGUCCUGACCACUGACAAGGACACAGGUGUCGGCCGCACCAAGCGUGAUACCUUGGCUGCCGACGCGUCGAACCCCUUCAAUUUGGCCACCUACUACAGCAGCGACUAUCCAGUCAUCUUCAACAUCAUUCUUUGGUUCAUGGUCGUCUUUGCCCUGUCUCUGCUGGCCAUUUGCUACGCCAUCGCCGCCAUGGAUCCCGGCAGGGACUCGAUCAUCUACCGGAUGACGUCCACCCGCAUCAAGAAGGACAACUAAGCGGAGUCCGAAGUGGAGCUUACAUUACCUUGUUUGUUAUUUCGUCCCUUUUUUGAGUUGCGUGAAGCCGACCCAAUUUCAACUCCAGUCAAAACUAGAUCAAAUUCAGCGGAGAAAUUGUGUGUGAGUGUGUGCAGUCGUUGCUGUUGGCUUUAGCUAUAAAUAAGUAUUACUUAUCAUUUUUGAAAUGCUGUUGCGGAUGAGCAACAAUUCCAUAGUAAUUUGUUAAAUCUUCCUUGUUUGUUGUACUUUUUAGGUUUAUAUAUAUAACAGAUAACAUACUCGCCAGUCAGGUCAGCCCUCUAUCAAACUAUUCAUCAAUAUGUAAAUUACCAAAAUUCAAAUGUUAAACAGUAAAGUUAAAUAUAUAUAGCCUAAAAAGACAAGA